AUGAGACGCUUUCCAUCUUCCACAUUUCUUUACUCGACAAGACGGACAUUGCUGUCGACAGCAUCAGUACGAACCAUCAUGACCCCUUCCACCUCGACUGCCACACGGUGGGCCACCCAUCGAGCCGACCGGAUUCACGAGGAACUCAAUUCGGGUCUGGACGUAUGGACGCUCUUCAAUCCCGUCGUCUUCCCCACAGCGAUCAAUCUAGGACAGGGAUUCAUGAACUGGCAACCUCCCUCUUACAUUCUCGAUGAGCUCACCAAAGACUUUCAAAACCGCGUCGACUUGCAUCACUACUCCCACCCCAAAGGACGUCCUCGCUUGAGGCAGGCGAUCAGCGAUUUCUACUCUUCCCAAUUCAACCUUCCCUCUGGCGCCGCUGAAUCAGCCGAGGAUGCCAGCCAAUUCGGAAAGCAGCGAGCAUCUAGCACCAGGAAACUCGACGUCGAAAAGGAGAUCCAGAUCACCAGCGGCGCAAAUGGAGGCAUCUACUCCGUCAUGGGUGCCUUCAUCAACGACGGCGACGGAGUCGUCUGCAUUGAGCCCUUCUUCGACCAGUACAAUGCAGAGAUUCUCUUCCACGGUGGCAAACCUCUCUACGUCCCACUUCUCCCACCAUCCAACUCUGCCUCCGCCCACAUCGACUCUAACGAGUGGACCCUCGACCUCACCCACCUCGAACAAGUGCUCUCACAGCCUUCCACCAAAGCUCUAAUCCUCAACACGCCUCACAAUCCCGUCGGAAAAGUGUUCUCCCCCACCGAGCUCGGAAAGAUCGCCGAACUGUGCGUCAAGUACGACAUCUUGGUGGUGGCAGAUGAAGUGUACGAUUGUCUGACGUUCGAUGGACAGCCACAUACUAGGAUUGCGAGCUUUGCAGGGAUGUGGGAUCGCACCGUCACGGUGGGUUCUGCUGGCAAAUCUUUCGCCUGCACCGGCUGGAGGGUCGGGUGGCUGGUGGGGCCUGACCAUCUCAUCGCCCCAGCUAGAGCCGUCCACACGAGAAUCACGUUUGCCGUCAACUCUUCUGCGCAGGAAGGCGCAGCCAUCGGCUUAGAAGGUGCAGCGAGCGAGAAGUUCUUCGACCGACAGGUGCAGGAGUAUGCGCAAAGGAGAAGUCUGCUUUCGCAGGCCCUGGACGAUAUCGGCUUGAGCUAUACCAUCCCGCACGGUGGAUACUUUAUCAUGGCGGACGCAGCAAAGAUCAAGAUCCCGGAGAAGUGGGUCGAGGAGAACGAUGUGCCGGAAGGGAUCCUCAAGAAGCCAGAGGACUACCUGAAGGCUUGGUUCAUCGCCAAGGUUUGCGAUGUCGUGGUGAUCCCUGCCACAGCGUUCUACGCUGAGAAGGGGGCCGAGGAGGUCGGAAAGAACUAUGUGAGGUUCAGCUUCUGCAAGGAUGACCAGAUCGAGCAGGCUGCUCCGAGGUUGAAGAAGUUGAUUCCGUAUUUGAGCAAGGACUAG